AUGGCUUGUCGUCGCUCAUUGGAAUAUGUGACUGCAUUAGCAGCAAUUGCAAUGGCUCUUGCUCUGAUUGCAUUCGCAAUAUCGGUCACAAACCUAAAUCGUGAUAAUCGUGAAAGAAAAGAAAACAAUGAUUUUAAUACAACAAAUAGACAACAAAUGGAAAAUAACUCCGAAACACAAUUACUAAUUGGAACAACCACAACGAACAAUAAUUUAAUAAAUUCGACGAUAAAAUCAACUGAAAUAUCAAGCUCAGCAACGGAAACAGCUACGUCAACGACAACGACUACCGCAAGUACAAGCACAAGUACUUCCACUACUACUACUACUACAGCAUCAACGUUGACUCCAACCGAGGAAAACAAUAAUAUUCAUAUUGUAUUGCCGACUAUUAAAUCCAUGGUAACAGCAGUGACAUCAAAUAACAUUUUACCGGUUGAUGAUGAUGUUGCCGAUGAUGCUGCUGUUGUUAUCAAUAAUAGCUAUGGUGAAUUUUUAACGACAACAAUGUCUUCCGCAAUUGAUCCUUCAACAAUAGAGGAAACCACAGCAUGGAAAACACUGACAUCACAUCCAAAUUCUCUGGUACAAUUGUUACCAUCACGUGCCAUGCGUGUGGUGCAAGAAGUUGUAAGGUCAUUUCGUAAAGAUACCCAGGUGAUAGUAACAACAUCGGCGGGUAAAGUAAGGGGGCGUUUUCAAAAGUAUCGUUCUGGUGAACGUGGUGGUUAUUACAGCUUUAAAGGCAUACGUUAUGGACAAGCACCAGUGGGCGAUAGAAGAUUCCGAACUGCAGAACCAGAGAAAAGUUGGUUGGGUAUAAGAGAUGCCUCUAGAGAGGGUAAUAGUUGUCCUCAUAAAAAUAUGAUUUUAGAUACAUUUAAGGGCAAUGAGGAUUGUUUGUUUAUAAAUGUAUUUACACCCAAAAUGCCCAAGGGAGAAUUCAAUCCUGAGUUUCCCGUUAUGGUUUGGCUACAUGGUGGUGGCUAUUCUUUUGGCUCUGGCAACACAUUUUUAUAUGGUCCCGACUAUUUGGUGGCUGAAAAUGUUGUAUUGGUUACCUUAAACUAUAGAUUAGGUCCUUUGGGCUUUUUAACGGCUGGACCCGAUGCCCCCGGUAAUCAAGGUUUAAAAGAUCAAAUUUUGGCCUUAAAAUGGGUGCGUGAUAAUAUAGGUGCCUUUGGAGGAGAUCCUAAUCAAGUUACGGUGUUUGGAGAAUCGGCUGGUGCUUCUUCAGUGCAAAUGUUAUUACUGUCUCCUUUAGCUAAAGGCCUGUUUCAUCGUGCCAUUUCCGAAAGUGGUUCGGCUUUAAAUCCUUGGUCUAUGGGUGAAAAUUCAGUGGCCAGAGCUUCUAGAUUAGCAUCAAAUUUGGGCUAUGUAGGUGCUAAUACUACAGAAGAUAUCUUAGAAUUUCUGAGAAGAGCUCCUGCCAUGAAACUUGUGGAAGCAGCACCUACCACCCUAACCGAAGAAGAUUUCCGCAAUAAUAUUGGUUUACCAUUUGUACCCGUCAUUGAGGGUUAUUGGAAUAAGGAGGGAGAGAAAAAUGUCUACUAUGAAACACCGUUUAUAACAGAAACACCACAAGAGUUGUAUAAGAAACAUAAGUUCCACAAAAAUAUCCCAUACAUGACAGGCUACAAUACACACGAGGCCAUGUUAUUUAUAAGACGUUUACGUAAAAAUCCCCAACUAUUGCAGAUUAUUGAAAAUGACUUUGACCGUUUGGUACCUCAUGAUCUCAAUGUUACAGACCAAUUAGUUCGUGUCAGCCGGGAUAUACGUCAAUUUUAUUUGGGCUCAAAACAAGUUGGCAUCGAGUCGGUCGAUGAAAUGAUUGCGUUACUCACCGAUUUGAUGUUCCUGCAAGGUAUAAGACGUACAGCCAGAAAUCAUGCAAAAUAUGGCAAUGCUCCAGUCUACAUGUAUCGCUUUUCAUUCGAUGGUGCUUUAGGUUUAUAUAAACGCAUGUUGGGCCUACAAAGGCCGGGUGUAUGUCACGGUGAUGAAAUGGGUUAUUUAUUCAAAUUUGGUUUCUUUAAUUUGAGUUUAGAUCCAAAAUCAAUGGAAGUACUAGUCAAAAAUCGUAUGGUGCGAAUGUGGACAAAUUUCGCUAAAUAUGGAAAUCCCACCCCACCACAUAUAGAGGAUAAUUUACUUACCACCACUUGGCAGCCUAUAAAAGCCAAUGAUGUUAUGGAGAAUUUAAGUUAUAUGGAUAUAACCAAAAAUCUUGAAAUGAAAGUGAAUCCGGAACUUGAACGGCAACAGUUUUGGGAUUAUAUGUAUGAGCAUUACAAUGGUAAUGCCAUGUAGUUUUAUAAUCAUAUACAUACAUAGAGUACAUAAAUACAUUAAAAACAACAUACACAUAUUAAAUUUAAUACAUUUUGUUAGACAAAAUACAUUUUCAAUAAAAACUGAAACCGUUAACACCAUCAUAACAUUUUUUUUACACAAAAAUACAUAUACAAUAUUUAAAUAAAUGAAAUUUUAUAACAAUAGUGCAUUAGAUAUGUUCAUUAACCCGGCAAUUCCCAUACCCUCGCCAAAGGGAGAAACAGUUUGUUUUUAUUAAAAAUAGUAAAUAUACGUCUAGUUUACACUAUAAAUAAGUUUAAAAUAAAAAAAAAUGUAGCUAGUUGCGAUUUUAUAGCGGGGUCACCAAUAGGUGACACUGGGCAGAGAAAAAAUAAUUUUCUAAAAAUACUUGCUGAUAUUGUUAGCCUGAAUAUAUAGCAGUAUUUAUUAAAAAAAAUUAUUGUGAUACUUAACCGUUUGGCAUUUUUAUAACAACUUAUUUAUCAUAAGACACACACCAGUAUGUUAAAAUCAAAAACACUGCUUAAAGAUUUUUAAAAAUCCCCUAGUUAAUAAAAUUCUAGCGUUGCCAAAAUAAAAUCUGAUAUAAAACAGGAUCUUAUCUGUAUAUAAAUAAUAUCAAUAUUUAUCAGUGAUAUCUGUUUCUAUGUUUAAAACUACCGUUAAUCUUUGUCACCUGUAGGUGACACUGGGAAUUGCCGGGUUAACAAAAAACUAAUACGAAUUAUUACAAAUUAAAAAAAAAAAACUUUUCAAUAAAAAUUUGUUUAACAAAUUUUAAUAAUUCUUGAUAGAACAAUACUAUUUUAUUCAUUUACUAAAAACUAUUACCAAUUAUUUAAUCUUGUUCAUAUACUUCUAAUAAUUCGUGAUAGUGGUUUGUUACAGAACAUACCUAAUAAUUAUCCUCAAAAUUUAAUCUCUUCUAAAUCAUCUGCCAUUUUUACAAAAAAAUAUUAAAAAAAACUGUGUUUUUUUACAUUUCACAAAUAUAAUAAUAAUAAUUUUAGUUUAGCUUUAGUUUUAACAUAUGUAAUUAUUAUUAUUUUUUUAUAUAUACAUAAAAUAUGUUAUUUUUUUAUUUAAGUUCUUCUUUGAAUAUAAAAAAAGCAUUUAAUAAGUUAUUGUAUUGUAAACAUUGUAAAUAGUCAAAGAAAAAUAUGUAUACAAAAUAUUACAAAUUGUUUUUCUAAUAUUCAACAGAUUUGUUUAAAUUAUUUCCAAAUAAUUUGUUGUUUAAUAUAAACGUUUUUUUAUACAUAAAUAAAAUUGAAAAUUAAACAAAAUAA